AUGCGUGUCUCCAAGAUCACACUGCUUCUUGCAGUCCUGCCCGCGGCCUUUGCUGCACCUGCUGCACCUGCUAUGGUCACCGAGGCCGACUGCCAGCUCGGCAACAACAAGUGCGACGACAUAAACGGCGCAGUAAUGAUCUGCGGUACCAAAAGUUGGUUCUCUGCGGAGACGUGCGCCGAGGAAGGUGCUUGUCAGGUUGGACCUGCCGGUAAUGCCUUCUGUGCCAAGAAGCCUGAGUGCACACCGGGCACUUCCCAGUGCGACGCCGCUUUCUACGUUUCCAAGACCUGCAACGACAAAGGCAUCUGGGAGACCAACCGCAAGUGCUCCAAGCCGGGGUGCUGCGAGAUCCAGAAUGGCCAAGCUGUCUGCAAGACCGAGUGCGGUGCCGGUCUACAGCCACCUGUUCCACGAUCUUCUCCCAAGACCGCCCUCGACUGGCCUAAGGCCGGAGACAAGUGCAGGCCGAACGGUUCAGACUUCUGCAGCUUCCACGACAAGGCCAUCCUCGAGUGCGUUGCCAUUGGCAUCUUCACCCUGAAGAAGACCUGCAAGAAGGGCUGUGCCUACGAGAACUUCGAGCCAAUCCGUCCUUACUGCAAGUGA